GAGUUGUCCGACAUUUAAGGAGUUGUCAGAGUCAGACUGUCACAACGCAGUGAAGCUGAGAGCGUGUAAAGUACACCGCCAUGGAUUUAACUCGGUUAUUAUCGCUGCUUCUAAUUUUCUGCUGCUUUUCUGCCUCAAGUGCCGCAGGUAAAGGACGAGGGUUUAUCGGUUUUAAGGACCCUAAAAACUCAGAUCUAGUAGUUGUGGACCGCACAACAUCUGACACACUGAAGAGUAAUCUCACCACCGUCUUCAUCCCUGUCGUCUACAUCAUCGUGUUUGUGGUGGGACUUCCUGCCAACGGCAUGGCCAUCUGGGUGUUCCUCUUCAGGACCAAGAAGAAGCACCCAUCCUCCAUCUACAUGGCCAACCUGGCUCUGGCUGACCUGCUCUUCGUCAUCUGGAUCCCCUUAAAAAUAGCAUACCACUUCAACGGCAAUGACUGGAUCUACGGAGAGCCGCUGUGCAAAGUCCUUGUGAGCUUCUUUUAUGGCAACAUGUAUUGCUCGAUCCUUUUCAUCGCCUGCCUCAGCAUGCAGAGGUACUGGGUGGUGGCUCACCCUCUGUCCCAGCAGAGGAAGAACAACAAAGUGGCUGUCGGGGUUUGCGUGGCCAUCUGGGCUUUCAUCUGGCUCACCAGCACGCCUCUGUAUCUGUAUGACCACACCGCCAAACUCAAAGACCCCAACAUCACCACCUGCCACGAUGUCAACGUCAUACGGGACUUCAGCAAUCCAUUUCCUGAUGUGCAGCUUCCUUACUACUACUUUAUCUUCAUGGGUUUGGUUGUGUUCCUCGUCCCUUGUAUAGUGAUCAUUGUGGCCUACGUCCUGCUGCUCAGGGCUCUGGGGAACAGCAUGGACGACAGCUCAGCAGCAAAGAACCGCCAGAGAGCCGUGGUGCUGAUCGUGACCGUCCUGGUGACAUUCCUAGUGUGUUUUAUCCCCAGUAACAUCAUGCUGGUGGUGCACUACUCUCUACUGAAAGAUGGAGUGAUAAACAAUGGUUACGGCUUCUACAUCUCCACAUUAUGCCUGGCAAGCCUCAACAGCUGCCUGGACCCGUUUAUCUACUACUUUGUGUCGGAGGACUUCAGGAACCACGUGAAGAACACUCUGCUGUGCAGGAGCAGCCGGACUGUAGAGAGGAUGAGGGUUUCCUUCAGCUCCAUGAAAUACUCCAGGAAGAGCAAGUCAUACGUGUCAGAUAGUGGGAACACGCAGAGCAGCAGCUGUUAGAAAUAAGGUGGAUAAAGGCGAGCAAAGAAAGACCUUGGUGGGAUAUCAUGCACCGUGCUUGUGCUUAUAAACAGGGCAUCACAGAAACCUUGUGGCACUGAGACACAGUGGAUAGGUCUGUGGUUAUGGACAUAAGGCCCAUCAGUCAUUACCAGGUAACCUCAGCAACCCAACUGCCAGAAAAAAUUGUUGGCGUCGUACGUUUCUGCAAACCAUGGAUACGUUACAUUUUCAUACUCUAUAUAUAUUGUGUGGUUAAGUUUAGACGGGUCACCAAAAAUCAGCCACGUUUGGGGGCUAAAAAGCUGCUGGAAAAAGAGCAAUGACUCAUUUAUUCAUAACUGAUUUGUUAUUUAUUGGUCUCAAACAGUGGUCUGCAGCUUGGCAGGCAUCUAGCCCGGGUUACACGCCAUCCACCAUCCCCUCCACCUCCCAACGAUAAAGUCCGCUCAUAAACUACAUCAUUUUAGAAACAUUGAUAUUAGUAUAAAACAUGCAAAUGUUACAAAUAUUGUUAUUUGCAGAAUGCUAAUAUUUUUUUCUGGCGACUGGGCUUACCUCAGAUAACCAAAGAUGAACUAAAAAUGUGAAGAUGACUGUGCUGGGAGUACAUUUUAAAAUGUGUAUAUAUAUGUAUAUAUAUUCAUUAUGAACUGCUGUGUAGUGUUCAAAUGUAAAAAAUGAAUACAUAUUUAAUUUUUUUUAAUAUAGAAAUGGAAGGCCUGUUAAAGACUGACAUGUGGUCUUUUCAGCUGUACAAAAUGUGGAUUUUCACAAGAUUCUGACUGAGCAGUUCACCACACUGAAGACCAUUUUAGAGUUGAAGUAACCUAAUGUGUUCAGAGGAAGAGAACAAGAGGUGACUGUAGCUUUAAUCAUAUCAACAACAGAACGUAAUAGCCAAUGUGUUUUUUUUGUUUUGUUUUUAAUCUUGCCUGUUCGGCACAUUCCUGCAGCCAAUAUGUUUUAUCCUGUUAUUUUAAACCUUGUGUGAUAAAUUGUUUAUUUACUUGUGAGAAUAAUGAGGAGAAAGGUGGUAUUGUUACAGAGUUUCUUAAAUAAAUGAUAAAACAAC